AGUGGAGAAAGCGUGGUAAAGAAGUGUUGGGAAGCUUCCUGUUAAAGCGCAAGAGAAAUCCUACUUUGAAAGCCUCAAGGCACACGAGCUGGUCGGUGGGGCGGACUUAAAGCCGGAACGCAAUUGCAGCUGGUGCAGUUUUCCCGCCGGAAUCAGAGUCGUAGGCAGCAUUCCCUACUGCGCAGGCGCAAUGCCACUUACCCAGCAUGGAGGUGGUGGGUCUCCUGUGUGUGGCAGCGGUGGUCCUGGCGUCGGGCUUCUUCUGGGUUUGGGACUCCUCAGAACGAGUGAAGAGUCGGGAGCACGCAGACCUGCUGGGAGCCGGAAGCCGGAGUCUCCUGGUGGUCGCGCACCCCGACGAUGAAGCCAUGUUUUUUGCUCCCACAGUGCUUGGCUUGGCCCGCCUGAGGCACCAGGUUUCUCUGCUGUGCUUCUCUACAGGAAAUUACUACAAUCAAGGAGAGAUUCGUAAGAAAGAACUUUUGCAGAGCUGUGAUGUUUUGGGGAUUCCACCCUCCAGUGUAAUGAUUAUUGACGACAGAGACUUCCCAGAUGACCCCGGAGCUCAGUGGGACACAGAGCAGGUGGCCAGCGUCCUCCUCCAGCACGUGGAAGUGAACGGCAUCACCCUGGUGGUGACCUUCGAUGCAGGAGGAGUAAGUGGUCACAGCAAUCACAUCGCUCUGCACGCGGCCGUGAGGGCCCUCCGCUUGGAAGGGAAGUUACCUAAAGGGUGUUCUGUGCUCACACUUGAGUCUGUGAAUGUGCUGCGCAAGUAUAUCUCCCUUCUGGAUCUGCCCUUGUCUCUGCUUCAUAUCCACGACGUUCUCUUCGUGCUCACCAGCGAAGAAGUGGCUCAGGCCAAGAGAGCCAUGUCCUGCCACCGCAGUCAGCUCCUCUGGUUCCGCCGCCUCUACGUUGUCUUCUCCCGGUACAUGAGAAUCAACUCGCUGCACUUCCUCUGAAGCCUUGAAGAGUGUUCAGAUCCAGGAUGCUGGGGGCCUGGCCUGAAGCUGGCAUAUCUCCCUGAGCCAAAGGAGAUCCUGGCUAGAGCACCCUCUGUGAAAGGGCAGCCCUGUUUGCCCACAGGCAGUCUAAACUUCAGCUUCUUCCCCUGGGGAAAAAACAUAACAAACAAAAAUAAACCAACCCAAGGAUAAUAAUAGCCACCCUACUAGUGGCUCAAGUUCUUAUGAAAAACAAUUUGCAAAAUGAUACAGUGUAUGUCAAACACCUAGCACAGAGCCUGGGCAGGUUGCUGUUUACAAAAAUGAAUAUAAAAAUGCUCUGAAAACAUCUUACAGAUGCAAUGCCAUAUUUUUACAUUGUUUCCAAAAUGGGCUCACCAAAAACACAUAGACACAAUGCAAUGAAUUAGUUCAGCAUAAUUCUUUUGAUUUUUCUUUGUGGCCUAUUUAUCAGAACUUGAAUCUAGGGAAAACGUGCUCUAUUUAAUACCACAGUCAUUGACUGGAGCACCCAAGUGCCAAUCACUGUGGUCCAAGGCACUGUCUUAUACAGAGAUAAUUACAUGGGCCCUGCCCUCAAGAAGCUUACCGUCGAAUAUCUCAGCUCUCAGUCUUUUGAGAAAAGUAGGAAAUAGAUCUGGAACUUAUUUUUUAAACACUCAAGAACCUGAUGUCUUCAAAUUGUCCUACAAACAACAGCUCUCUGGGAGGUCUGACUUGGAAGCUACUCCCAGAGUGCAGCUGGUGGUCCAGGGAAGUGGCCUGAGAUAGGGAAGCUCAGUGGUGGAGAGCACAGGCUGGUCACCUCAUUUGAAGCCAGAGUGACAGUAGUGUAACCUUAGGCAAGGUGCACUUUCUCUGCCUCAAUGCUUUAAUCUGUAAAGUGGGAGAUAAUAAUGGCCCCAGCCUCUGAGAACUGAAUAAGAUGACACAUGAAGGUGCAUAGCAAAGAAACGUUAGCUGCUGCUGUCUUCCGAGACCUAAAGAGUUAACUAGGCAUUAAGCAAAGGGACUAGCAUAUCUGAAAGUCCUAAAAUGAUGUCGGGACACACUGCCCAAUGACUGUUCCCUCUGCCUGUCAGAUGAGACCCUGAAUUGUUUUCUCCAAGCAAGUCAGACCCAUACUUGUUUAGUCUCUCCACCCAAAACUGGGCCACUUUGCUCAGUGUCACCAUUAUCUUGAAUUCCUCCUAGGGGCUAUGUGAGGUUGACAGCUAUUCGGCCCUGAAGUUGGAAUCGAAAAUGCAAAUCUGGCUGUGUGAUUUGCCUACUUAAAAAUUGUCAGUAGCUCCUAAUAGCCUUCACAUGAAAGUGUGACCACUGUGAAAGCAUGCCACUAACACUGGCUAGAGUGUGGCAGAACAGACUGACUUCUGUCCUGCUACUAGGAAGACAGACACCCAGCCUUUCUGGACAGCGAUCUCAAUAUGUAUUAAGAGCUUUUAAAAUAUACAUACUCUUUUUCUUUUUGGCUGCUCGCUGAUGCAGUGAUCUUAACCACUGUAUAACACCACACUCUAAACAACUGAGCUAACUGGCCAGCCCAUAAUAUACAUACCCUAUGACCGAAGGAAAUAUUUAGAAAAUCAAAAUUCUAUACACAAAGAUCAUCAUAGUAUUAUUUCUAAUAUAGCAAAACUGGAAAAAAAUCCAGUGAUGUAAUCAUAUUUUGUAACAGGGAAAAAUGUUCACAAUAUACUAAGAUUUUAAAAACAGGUUAGGAAUAGUACAAUCCCAUUUUUGUUAAAUGAAUAUACAUACACAAAUAUACAUAUACGUACACAAAUAUACACAUGAGUAUGUAAGUGUAUAUAUAUUGAAGGAUAUGUAUCCACAAGGUAAAUACUAACUUACUAACUAGCAACGUCAUCUUUCAAAAUGGACAUAUAAUUUUAAAGGAUUUUUUUGUUUAUGAAUAGUUUUGAUGUGAGAAAUACUUUGGAGAUAAUGUGAAAUUUUUAAAAAUGUGUAUAAAUGUGUAUAGCCAUUCUUCAAUUAUGCAAAGAAAUGCUUCAUUAAAAAA